CAUUUUACAGCAUCCUGGAGACAGUUACUGGUGACAUUUCUCAUCAUCCUGUGAAGGGCUAAACAGUAGCAGUUUUGCAAAGUCUCAGAGCAGUUCUGCGGGUUCAAAGGGGACCUUCCGCCUACUGAAAUACUUUGUAGAACGUGUGUGCCUUCAUAGAUCAGCAAAUUGAGAAUUGCCAAAAUGCUUUGGAAUUCUUAAACGAUUCAAAAGCUGAAGUCUCUGAGGAUACAAAAGCAUAAGAACACAAGAAGCAGCAAGGAGGAUUCAGUGCCAAUGCAGCAACAAAAAAGACAGCCAGAGUUAGUGGAAGGAAAUCUUCCUGUUUUUGUUUUUCCUACAGAACUUAUAUUUUAUGCAGAUGACCAGUCAACACACAAGCAGGUGUUGACUCUAUAUAACCCCUAUGAGUUUGCCUUAAAAUUCAAAGUUCUUUGUACAACUCCAAAUAAAUAUUCGGUGGUGGAUGCUACAGGUGCAGUGAAGCCUCAGUGCUGUGUUGAUAUUGUGAUUCGUCACAGAGACGUUCGGGCUUCUUACUAUGGUGUCAUAGAUAAAUUCCGUCUCCAAGUGUCUGAGCAGAGCCAGAGGAAAGCAUUAGGGAAAAAGGAGAUUAUUGCUACUCUGCUUCCAUCUGCAAAGGAACAACAACAACAAAAGGAAGAGGAGGAAAAACGAAUAAAAGAACACCUGGCUGAAAGUGUCUUUUUUGAGCAGACUUUGUGUCAACCAGAAAACAGAACUGCCUCGUCGGGACCUAGUUUACUCACAGUCUUCCUUGGAGUGGUGUGUGUCGCAGCACUAAUGCUACCUACAUUGGGGGAAAUGGAAUCCCUGGUGCCUCUCUACCUCCACUUAAGUGUGAAUCAAAAGUUAGUAGCUGCUUAUGUUUUAGAUUUGAAGAACAGUCACACUAAACUCAGUUCUCCUCUCCCACUACCUGGCAGAAAUGAGGAUUUAAAGGAAAAGAGCUAGGCAGCUCCAAACUGAUAGCUAGAGGUCUCAUCACCAUGGUUAUUUUGAGAACAUGAGCAAUGAGUUCAUAGGAUGUCAAACACCUUACUGUAUAUUCACAUCAUGAAUGUGGACUGCCUUUUACUCCCAUUUGGCUCAUUAAGAUGCUAGCAAAACUGUUCAGUGAUUUAAGAUACCUUCAGAAAUGUAAUAUAUUUUAACUGUGUAUAAUAAAUGAAAGACUCAAAGCACUUGGCGGUGCUUCUGUAACAGACAGCUAUGAAAUGUUCAGUGAUACCUGUGAAAAUAAUUUGAAAAAACUUUUAUAUCUAUGCCUACUGUAAAAAAUCCUUAUUAAAACAACAUUUGUUAUUUUUAGUCUAUGUUCACAUCAGUGCGUGAUCACUAUAAAAGCAAACUGUCUUCUGUAAAAACGCUCAUUUGGUUUGUGGUUGUACCUGCUGAGGCUGGCACAUAACACUUCUGUAUAUACAUACCAGAGGGGUGAGUCGUGACUGAUCAUUGAAGAAAAUGAAAAAUCCCUUCAGUGGAACUAUGAAAUAAACCAUGAAUUUUAGGUGAAGAAGUAAUUCUCAAAUUUCUUACUUCAUCAUUACCAAUAUAUCGUUGAGUGCUCAUUUUCUUACCUGGGGAAAUAAUUUCUUGCAGCAGUCAUUUUGUACCACAAUUACUGCACAAUAAAACCAAGUUCUGUAAUCAGAUCCUUCAUUUCUUAGGGAUGCAUGGAAGUGGCAUUAAUGGAAGCUGAACUCAUACUAAUACGAAAUUAAUCAUUUUCUCUAUUUUAGAGACCAAACUAAGUGAAAUAGCAAAGGCAUUUCUCUACGUCCCUGCCCCCACAGCUACCACAGGGACUUCUUUGCUAUCAGAAACUCCUGCUUAAAUGCCAGUUUCAUAUUUGAGGUGAACAUUAAUCUUGUUUCAUACAACAAGUAUUUCCCUUUAUUUGACAUUUCAUUGUCGAGAUGUUAAUUCUAAAAGGGCAGCUAUUACUGCGUUGGAUUCAUACAGACAAAUCUUUGUUUGUAAGAAGUCUAUAGAGUAUGCUCUGAUAUGAAUAAUAAAGUUUGGAAAUCAAACCUUU